AUGGAGUCAACGGAGUUUAAAUUAGCCUAGUUGCGUAGCAUUCAGACCAUGAAUAUGAUGUUCAUGCUUCCCCAAAUCGAGCUAAAUUCAUAGUAAUAUUCUAUAGUUUCUCCGGAGUAGGGGAUUUGAAGGGAUUUCGCCCUUCUUCAGUAUACUAAGACUAUUCAAAUUCAAUGAAUGUAAUUUUUUAUUGACAUCAAUAAAUCAAUAUUAAUAUUCAAUAACAAUAAUAAUAUAAAUGAUCAAAGACAAUUUCAAUAUCAAUAGAUUUAAAUUUUGAUGAUUGUUGCAGCAAAAUGUUGGUUUAAGUCACCAGUUAAGUUUAAUUAAUUUUAAUAAUUCAGAAUGAUUCAUAAUCAUAUAAUAUGCCGUUCAGUAUACAGAUUAUACUUACAAGGCUAACACUAACGUUUAAAAACAAAUGUUUUCGGGAUUGUGAUUGGAGUGAAAUUUAAUUGAUGCUGUUAAUUUUAUAUGGAUGAAAAUGAAUUCCCAAUUGUAGAUGUAUUACAUCCUCGAGGUUUGGCAUUAUUUUUUAUUUCAUUAUUAAUAAAUUAACUUAUAGGCUAAUAAUAAAAAGAUUUAAAAUAUAUUAUUUAAUUUUAAUAAUAAAUAAGUCAAUUAUGUGAGUCAUUUAUAAUCAGUAACGUCACUAGGGAGUUCAGACUUGCACUGGUGACCCCGCGGAGGGGGCAUAAAUGAAAUUUUGUAUUUAUAUAAUAUAGUUCGCUCUAGUGGCCAUAAUGUCUAUACUAUAACAUAAACAACUUCAUUAAGGAAAGAGCAGGUAGUCACCAGAGCAGGGUACUGCCAGAGUAGGUUUACACCUGAGCAGACAGACUCAGGGGAGCUCUGUGACUAUGGGUAAGUAUGGAGGGGAGCCAACAUAAGCUUACUGCCAACCCUAGUGACGCCACUGGGCCACUGUAUAUAAUAAUUGAAUUAUGGUUAUAGACCAUACACUUUGACUCACACUCUCACAUGCUUUAUAAAGUCAAUGGUAGUCUUAUAUUAAUGUUAAUUAAUAAUGGGUAUUUAGUUAACUUCGUAAUACUAAAAUAAUAUUAUUAAUUUUUGUUAUGUAAUGACUAAAGCAUAGAGACCAAUCCAUAAAUGAGAUUAAGCUAUUGUCGAAGAUUUUUUACCCCCCCCCCUUCCCACCACCAUUCAGCAUCAUCAAAAAUUUGUAGCACAUUUUAGACACUUUUAUCAAGCAUCAUCACAAAUUUCUGACCCCCCCCCCCCUUUUCCCUUUCUUCUAUGCCUGACAGCAUUUAUGGAUGACCAGUUAUAACUUAUAAAUAACACUAUUUUUAUUUAUAUAACUUAAUAGUUUUAAUACAAAUUUCUGACCCCCCCCCCCCCUUUUCCCUUUCUUCUAUGCCUGACAGCAUUUAUGGAUGACCAGUUAUAACUUAUAAAUAACACUAUUUUUAUUUAUAUAACUUAAAAGUUUUAAUUGCCUUUUAUUUUAGCUAUAAAAGGGGUGGGCAACCAGCAUCUAGCCAAACUGAAGUAAUUAAUCCAUGACCUACCAAACUACCAGAAACUAUUAAUGGUUUUGUAAAAGUUCAAAUUGUGAAUAAGUGUCUGUAAAAGUCUUCGAAUUUGAAAAUUAAUAAUCUUAUAGUAAAAUUGACAAACGUUACAAGUAUGUAACUAAAUACUAACACUAUAAACUACACUAUAAACUUGUUAUCUGCUCACUGAUAACAUUACAUUUUAAAUUCAUUAAAAAUUAUGAUGCUGCCCAAUAAAAAAAAAUUAAUUUCCAUGCAUCCAUCAGGAUAAAACAGGUUGCCUUCCCCUGAGCUACACCCCUUAUUCAUUUAUAAUAUAUAUUAGGUUUAUUUGGCAUAAUAAGCGCCAUUAAACUUCGCUUUUUAGCUUAAAAAUUAAGAUUGAGUUUGGAAUAAUGAUUGAUAAUUCACUAUAGACUAUAGAAAUAAUAAUCCAACAUCUACUACUACUAAUAACUCAUAUGAAUUGAACAACUACUAAAUUUGAAUCAAUUAUAUUGGAGUUUGCAAGCCUAUGUUUAAAUGUAGACAAUAUCCAGAUGUAGGACCUACCUAUUUUAGAAUUUAUUUUAAAAUAUUUCACUUUGCUUAUUAUGGUAUGUCAUGUUUAGUCCUAAUCCAAAGAAAAUGAGAAGAUAAUUAAAGCUUUACACAAUUCAUUUUAAUGAUAAAUUUCCAAAUAUUUAAGUUUAAUGCUAUUUUCAGUGAUUUCAAGAGACAUGAAUGAUGGAACCGUGAAAGUUGAAUUAAAAAUUCCAAGACUAGAGCCUUCUAAAGAUAAAAACCCAAAACAUGGGAACGUGUCUCUUACAUUCUUUAAUGAGUAAGUCACUGUGACAGAGAUUUGUAGUAGUCUAACUUUCAUUUCUUACUUGGUCUGUCAUCAAUAAAAGCAGAAGCACUUCCUUUAACCCACAUAAGCACAUCAUCAUUACAAGUACCAGUAGACUAAUUCAUAUUUCUGAAAAUAUCAGGAUUUUGAUGAAGAUAGAAAUAGAAAUUUUUACAAAAAUCCAAUAUUGAAUAUUAAUAUACAUUGUAAAUAAAUAUCUUAAAUGUUUUAACAUGAAGAAGAAUCAUUUAUUGGCCCAAAUUCUAUUUUUAUUGUCUGAUUGCUAUCACUUUUUUAUUGUAUCAGUGGUUAUAGUUUCUCUGUGAGAGUUGAAAUAGCAGACAAAAAGGCAAAGACAAGGACAGCUUAUGUACAUCAAGUUGAAAGUAUGCCUACAAAAAUAAAUAUACCAAAAUCAAAAUGGACUGUAAGUUUUUCUAUUAAUUUAAGUACAAUAAUUAAAUCCUUCUAAUUGAUAAUAUAAUCAAUAUGUGAAUCCUUUUAAACAGUUUGUUUACACAUUAAAUUUCAAGGUACCUGUUAUAAUUACAAUAUAAAUUUUAAUUUAACAAUUUAUUUCAAAAUUUUUCAUAGAAUUAAAUCUUUUUUUUUUUUUUUUUUUUUAGUUGUAAAAUUAAUGACCAUUUCAGUAAAUUGUAAAAAAAAAAAAAAUGAAAAAUUGAAGUUGGUGUUCAAAUUUUAAUUCUGCAUUCUGAAUUUGUUACAUUUUUAUUUUACAGGUGGAAAAGGGAGAACUUGUUAUAACUUUGGUCAAAGAUGUGGUAGAACCUUGGACUAAAAAAUUGUUAAAAAAGGGAUUGGAUCAAGUUAGCAGCAGUGAUUCUGAAUAGGAAACAUAGAAUCAAUAAUGUAAUAUAUAGUUAUUUAAGUUUCAGUUAUGAAAAUAAAACUUGCCAAAUUAAUUGUUUACUUUUAACCCUUCCUGGGGAAAAGUGUGAAAUUUUGGUGUUAGCAGUUUUUUCUCUCCUGGCAUCCAUUUGUCACAAUAUGACGAUGGUGUAGCUUCGCAAGACCUGGGAUUUUUUCUUAAGGGGGAUAAGCUGUUUCCCUAUACAGCAAAUCACCUCUCUCCACGUAUCUGGAUAACCCCAAGAGAAAACCAGUAGCACCGCAGGAGUUGCCGGGAUUUUCAUUGUCAAUGCCAUACCUCCUAGGGGAGUCCAUUUCCGGGUUUGAAUUCAGAAUGUUACCAGUUUACUUAUAAUGGUAUGUUAUUACAAUUACAACAUCUUGUGGGUCACUUUUCAUCUCCUCUGUUUAUAUUCAUAUAUGAAUAGGAUUUCAUGAAUAAAAUCAGCUGGUAGUUCUUUUAUUGCACUAUUUGACGAUGAGCAAAUUCUGUCAAGCUUAAAAACAUGAUGGGAUCACAGCAGCUCAUGCAGAAUCUGUUUUAUAUUAUUAUUGAAACUCUAUCAUAAAUUAAAAUCAAUCUCAGGAAUCUUAUAUCUAAUUUGCUUAAAUAAUGUUUAGUGGUCAGAAUGAUGUAAAGACCAAUAAUUAAACCCAAUGGGUUGGGGAUAAACCUCCCACCAAUUACUUAUUUUGUCUUUUUUCUCGUGCUUUGACAUUGACUUUUGUGUGUAGUUGUAGUUUUUAAAAAUGUUAUGUCAUCAUUAAUCACAAUUAUAAGUCUGUAACCAGGAGUAGAAUAAAUAACAACUAUUUUUAUAACUGAAUGACAAAUGAUUUGUUAGUAGUUCCCCAUAGAUUCCCAAACUUUUCUCCUGCACUGACGAGGACAUUGACCUCAGAUUAUCAUCAUGAAAAGUGGAAGGUCUUAGCUUAAAUGACUAUGAAUUGGCCUGUUAUGUGACCAGCUACAGUCAGAACUGCUAAAGCUCAUAUCUUCCCAUUGCAAAUAACACUGAUGUUGUUACCUCUAAGGCUCAAGUCUUCCUAUUGCAAAUAACAUUGCCGUUGUUUCCUCUUUAACGUUUUACAUCCAAAAAAUGCAUAAAAAUUAAAACAUUUUAAAAUAAUAGAUAUUAUUUUUCUUUUUUAUAAUUUCGAGGAAUGUUGUAAAAGUAAAAUGCCUCUACUGUAAGGAAGAUUGAAUUUCAGAUUCACAGCCUGUUUAUUUAUGAGAUUCAGCAUAGUAGGACAAAACUUUCUAUUGGUGAAAUAAAUUUGUAUUGAAUAAAAAGCAAACAAUUAUCAAUAGUUAGCUUAAGAAUAAUUGUUCUGUUUUUAUUUAAAACUUAAAUACAUUGUAUAUCUUUGAACCUAAAAUGUCCCAUAAUCUUCAAAUUGCACCCCGUCCAGGGCAUAUGCCACACUUUGGAAAAAACUGAUUGAUAUGAUAGCUAUUUCCAUAAAAGCACACCCUGAACACAUUUUCAUAAUCCUCUAGUGGGCCUGGCUGGCUAAACUGUAGGGCUCCUAGGGCAUUGCCACCUAAUUGAGCAGUGUCCUUUAUGCAGGACUAAAAGUACAAAUAAAGAUGGCCAUAUAUUAAGAAAAUCUUUACAAAUAGAUUUAAUCGUAGUAGCAGGAGUGAUUCUUGAGAUGGAACUGAGAUUAAAUAAAUCAUGUAAGUUUCAGGUAAGGAAUCUUAUUUCCAUUUCUGGUUAUUAGCGAGUCGAUUAAAUUUUGUGUUUUCCUGAAUCAUUUAUGUUUUUUUUUGUUAUGGUAUACAAAUAUAUUUCCAUAAGAGGUCAUGGGGACAAGGGCAGCACAACAAUGCGUGGCGGUCAGCUCGUUGGGGGGUGUGGCCAGCACGAAGAGUUGAAAUUCUUACUCGACCUAUUCUUUUAUCUGAAGUUGAGUACAACUAUAGCAGAAAUUAUGUUGCAUAAAAAUCUUUAUGAAAUGUAGCAACUUGUGUAUUACUUUUUUAUUUUAUGCUGUUUCUGUUAGCGUUAAUGGUAAAGCUUAUACUUAUAGACUACGCAAGAUUUGACAUGGCCUCAUUUUAUUAGUAUUAUCAGAAAUCAAAUUCUUAAAAGAUGUUGACAUCCAUAUUUAUACCUAUGUGUUUUAAAUAAAAUUAUACACUUUUA